AUGCUCAGACUGGCAAACCAAAGCAGGGUGCUCCAGGGAGCGUUUGCACGAGCCACGGUUGUAGGCCGGGCCUCCGCCGUGACCCAUGUUCGUUUCAUGUCCGAUUCGACCGACGUUCCUCCCUCGGAUCAGUCCAAGCCCUCGUUCCGAACCGACAAGCGCAUUGAGUCAGCCACUCCGUUUGCUGAGCCCUCCGAGAUCCCCUCUGCAGACGCCUCUCUGCUUCCCCGGACCAACCGAGUCGAGGAGCUCCAGUUUGAGGCCAAGUACACGCUCGACGCCAAGACGAAGGAGGCUCUGGAUACCAUUGAGGAGCUGGGCUUCAAGACCCGGCAGAACCUGGAUCCCGAGCGAUUCAGCGACGAGGAACUAGACCCCAGAAACUGGACCGGCCUCGAGUUCCAUGAGGUGGUCACGCGUCUUCACAACCGACAGUUCAAGCUCGGAUCGGCCUACUCCCAGAGCGAGGAGGAACUGCGACAGCUGGUUCGAGCUGGUCGAGUUGCUGGAGCCGACGCUGGCGUAAUCCGAUCCGCCUACCACGGCAAGCAUAGCGUCGUUGAGAAGAAUGAGGAGGACGACGAUCUUUUGGAUGCUGAUCACGUUAACGAGUUCAUGUACGACGAUAUCCCCACUGCUGGACACAUGCAGGUGGAGAAGGUGCGAAAGAUGCGACACCUCCAGCGAAUGUCUGCCUACGUGCUCCCCCGACUCGUCGAUUAUCAUGUGCCCUUUGAUGUCAAGGAGGCUGACAAGAAGGCUUCUCCCCUGACCUUCAAGUACACCUCGUACACCGGAGAGGAGGCCGACGAAGAGGCCAAGGUGGUCUGCUACUUUGACCCUGCCAACCUGGGUCUCUCCGACAAGGGCCUGCACAAGUUCAAGCUGCUGUCUGGACAGAACUACGACGCUCUGACCGGCCAGUGCAAGUUUGCCAGCAAGCGACACCCCUCUGCCCCCGAAAACAAGCACUACCUGCUGACUCAGAUUCUCAAGCUCAAGACCGAGGCCGAGCAAGGUGACUCGUUCGAGGACGUGCCUCUGGACACCCGACACGCCCGAAACAAGGCGGAGCGCAUCGCCAAGCGAGACCGAUACCGACUGGCCAAGUUCCCCGAGGAGUGGAACCGACCUGAAGACAAGGCUAAGCAGACCGCUUUCAAGGCUCUUUUCGGGUAA